CUUAUCACUCGCACUAAGCCAAUCAUUAUGAAAGUGGUAUACUUUUGUUUUACAUGUGUUUUGUUAGCCGUUAUUCCAAUAAAGGCCGACUACGUGGAAAAUUUUAAAGCUAUAUUGGAAAGUUGCCAAAAAGAAUUCCCCAUUACUCAGGAUGAUAAAGAGAAAGCCCUUGCUGGAAACUUAAAUCCGAAUCCUAGUGAAGCAUUUAAAUGUCAUUUGAAGUGCGUUAUGGAAAAGAAAGACCUAUUUAAAAAUGGAUCUUUUAAUGUGGAUCAUUUUGUUGAAAUGAGUCAAAAAAAUCCUCUGAUAAAGGAUCAUUUGGAGGAUAUACCUAAAAUAGCCGACAAAUGUAAGAGCGCUUCAGGUUCGAAUGAUUGUGAUACUGCUUUCAAAAUAACAGCUUGUCUAAUGGAGAACAAGGGCUUUGUUAUGCCACAUCAUUAGUUUGAAAUCAAGAAAUUAAGAAUAUUACUUCAGCUAGUAUAGUGACAAUACAGUCUUGUAAUAUUGCAAAUUGCAAUUUAGCUUAUGAACACUACAUUAAGGAAAAGGACAAACAGUUUGCUCCAUGUUGUAAUAUAGUUUUCCUCAAAUAAAUAGUUAAAACACUUAUAUUAACAAGUAUGUACACAAAACAAAUAUAAUUCAAUGUAUAGACAA